AUGUCGGUGACAUGCAGAACUGCACCGCAUGAUGCAUGCCAGGCUGUGCCGGAUGCUGUUGGAAAUCUGGCUUCUUCUGCCAAGGGGAGAGCUCCGCGCUUUGUGCCUGCCACAGAGCAUCGGCUCUUCUGCAGCCCUGACAAUGACCUGCAGUGCUUCCGCUGCUCCUCAGUGCCGUUCCCCCGUCUGCAGCACUCGUCGCAUUACCAAGAGGGUGUGACAGGAUUGCCAGCGCAACCAGAAGCUGCACAGAAGCUUCCUCUGCAGAAGCUGCCAGCUCAGGACUUGCAAGUCCUGCCGAAAGAGCAUUUGCCGCCGGAAAAGAAUGCAGCAGCAGCAGCAGCAGCUGAGGUGGGCAUGGCAGGAGGGAGCAGGAUGCAUGCACCAGGUGCUUCUCUAUGUGACCUGCGCUCGCAUUCACCUGGCUUUAAAGGGGCUGGUAUACAGGAGCAGAAACCGGACCAGGUGAACAGCGAACCACCCUUGGAACUGAAGGCAGACAAACAUGAUUGGCAACCUCCCAGCCCUACACCUGUGCCGCGGCAAGCACAUCAUAGGCGAAUCCGACGCAUGAGUUCCGAGCCUGUAUCGUGGUUGGAUCGUCGCAUCGAAGCAGACGAGGGUCGGGGGAGGAGGAGUAGGGAGCAGGAAAUGGGGGGUGGUGCUUCGGAUAUGAUUGUUCGGUCGCCGGAUAGUGGGUGGUGUAAGGUGGGUGGGCUGCAUUUGUGGAGUCCGGAGCACAGGAAAGGGGGUAUGCAUACUGGUGUGAGCCGGAUGUUUGUGGUGAAUGGUGGAGGCAGCAGCCACAGGCAGAGGGGAGGGUUGAGCAUGACGAUGGGGAUGACCGGAAAGCCAGUUGAUGCAGGGCAUAUGGAGAUGAAUGGGAGUUUGCAGUUUUGCCCUGCGUUUGAUGUUGUGGAGGCGAUGAAUGAAGCAGAGAGGCAUCCGGUUGCGUGUGAUGAUAUCACUAGCUCGUGCCCUGGCAGCAGUUGCUCGAAAAGUAGUGGGAGUGCAGGACGGCAGGAUAUGCAGUGUCUGUCGUCAAUGUGGUUCAAGAAGAUCAAGGGAAACACACACAAGGAUCGCCUCGAGUCCUUUUACAGCCCCCAAGCACACGCCUACGAUAGAUUUCGCCGCAACUUCCUCCAUGCUCGCCGGCCAAUGCUGGCGGCGUGCGCCGCGCGUCUGCGCGGAUCAACUGGUAUGGUGUGGGUAGAUUUGGGCGGUGGAACCGCGGAGAACGUGGACAUGAUGGCGGAGUUCAUCGAUUUGUCCGCAUUCGACAAGAUCUACGUGGUGGACAUCACGCCGUCGCUGUGCCGCGUGGCGGAGCAGAAGGUGAAGCAGCGCGGGUGGACCAACGUCGUUAUUGUCGAGGGGGACGCCUGCGCCUUCACGCCGCCGGAAAAGGCCACCCUCGUCACCUUUUCCUACUCGCUCUCCAUGAUCCCGCCUUUCAUGGACGCCGUGGACGCGGCGACUGGAUACAUGGAGGAGGACGGCAUCAUGGGCGUGGCGGACUUCUUCACCUCCGCCAAGUUCGACCUGCCCAACCGCCAGCACACGUACAACCAGCGCUGGUUCUGGCGCUCCUGCUUCGACCUGGACGGCAUCGACCUCUCGCCCGAGCGCCGGCAGUACCUGGAGCACAAGCUCGAGACCGUGUACGAGUACAACGGCCAGGGCAAGAUCCCCUACGUGCCGUAUCUGAGGGCGCCCUUCUACAUCUGGGUCGGACGCCGCAGAGACUGCCAGAAGGUGAACCUGGUGCGCUUCCCUGCGCGGGCAGCGGACGAUCUGGAGUUUAAGAUCCCGCCGGGCUUCCCCCCGACGUUCCUGUACUCGCUGUCGUGGGAGGACCCGCGCGAGGACGACAAGGUGCUGGACAUCAACCCCAGCGACACCAUCCUCACGCUCACGUCCGGCGGCUGCAACGCGCUCGACCUCGUGCUGCAGGGAGCGGGCAAGGUGGUGGGGGUGGACAUUAACCCGGCACAGAGCUACCUGCUGGAGCUGAAGCGAGCAGCCAUCCUGCGCCUGCCCUUUGAGGACGUGUGGAAGAUGUUCGGCGAGGGCGUCCAUGAGGGCUUCCCCGAGCUGCUGGAGAGGGAGCUCGUGCCGUUCCUCAGCCAGGGCGCCACCAACUUCUGGCGGUGGAAGAAGUACUACUUCCGCAACGGCAUCUACUUUCACGGCGGCAUGGGUCGUCUCAUCCGUGCCGUGAGGGUCCUCGCCAAGCUCACCAGAAUGGAGAAGUGGAUCGACAACCUGGUCAAUGCCCCCUCUGUCGAGACCCAGUAUGAGAUCUGGACCAACACCAUCGGCCGAUGGUUGACCCGAGCCAACAUGUUUGCGCGCAUCUUCGGCUUCUUCUUCACCAACCGCGUCGUGCUCUGGUUCUGCGCCGGCAUUGCCCGCGGGCAGCUGCGCCUCAUCCGCAAGGAGGACAACGUGUACCGCUACGUUGUUCGAUGCCUCGACUCUGUCGCAGAGACCACUUCCCUGCGCGACAGCAACUACUUCUACCGCUGCUGCCUGACUGGCCAGUUCUCGCACAACUGCUGCCCGCGCUUCCUGCAGGAGCCCUGCUUCAACAAGCUCAAGACGGAGCUUGCCGCCCGGGACUGCAUGCUCAUCUCGACGUCCUUCUUUGUGGAGGAGCUGCGAGCACGCAUGUACACCAAGGUCAUUCUGAUGGACCAUGUGGAUUGGCUGGGGCAGCGUGACAUUGACACUCUCUGCCGAGCACUCAAGGACCAAGUCAAGCCCGGAGGUCGUGUCAUCUGGCGCAGCGCGUCGCGCAACCCCGAGUAUGCCAAGGACAUAGAGAAGGCUGGAUUCAAGGUGGUGCAAGUGCGCUCCAUCACACAGCAGCAGUACAUGGACCGAGUCAACAUGUACGCCAGCUUCUACGUCGCCAUUCGCAAUGGAGGCCCCGAGAACAUCCAGAUCUUCAAUGAGCCGCCCAACCCUCUUGCCCUCACCAAUGGCACUGAUGCUGCUGCCCCUGCCGCUAGCUCCUGA